AUGGACACAACGCACGGCUCUGAAACCGACGAAGAAGACAACGAGGACGAGGCGCAAGAGUAUCUCAACAAGAUGACCGACCACACAAAUCGAAAAGUCGAAACCGUAUUCGGCAAAGGCGUCGAAGUGUGGAAAUCGUUCAACGGCACUAUCUACGCCGAUGUAACUGACAAGGUCAAGAGGAAACAGCGAGACGAAGAGGUGUGGGGUAAGAAGAGGAAGCGUGGUGGCGCGGACGGGCAGGGGAAAGUGUUGGAACAGCGAUCUGAUUCCCUGCGGAACUCGACGUCUUCUUCUAGUUAUACCUCUACUGCUGCUUCUACGCCAACACGAGACCUACCGCAGAGUACAUACUCCGACAGUACGAUUUCAUACCCUUCACUGCCAACAAGAUACGACACCUCACUUCCAUCUACACCUACAGCGUCGCAAUGGGAGAACUUCCCGGUGCGGCCGUCUCAAGAAGCGGAUUUCCCUGCUGCACCCCUUGAGUACAAGUCUCUUUCGAAGACUAUUGCACAGCCUGGAGGUACGAUUACAAGAAGCUUCUAUGAGGCUGGCGAGAAGCAGAAUGUCGAUGAUGGAGAAGAAGAUCGAGAUGCGAAGCAUGACAAAGUGGAAGGAAGACCUUGGCUGAGGAAAGGGUAG